GAACAAAUUAAGCAUCCGAAAAUAUCCAACAAAAGAAACAAAUAAUAUAACAAAGAUGAAGAUCAUCUUGCUCUUGUUUUCCCUUGCAUUCCUUCCCUUGUCUACCUUAGCAACUUGCACAAAUGAUGAUCCAAACCAACUAUUAAGAGAUGUACACGAUACCGAUGGUCAUCCCCUCAACAAAAACACUAGGUACUUCAUACAUUCAGCUAUUUGGGGACCUGGUGGUGGAGGUGUAUUUCUUGCUAAUAUUGGAUAUCAGGAACACAACGUUUGUCCCAAAUCAGUGGUGCAAUCCCCCAGUGACCUCGACAAUGGUCUCGGGGUCUACUUCAAGCCCAAAGAUCCCAAACGUCAGAAGAUUGUGGAAUCCUCUUCGGUAAACAUCAUUUUCUAUCUUGAUACGUAUUCGUGUGCUAACCUGACUGUUUGGAAGGUUGACCACUACCCUGAACCGGUGAAGCUCUACACCUUAAGCACAGGUGCAAAGCAAGGAAAUCCCCUCGACGUGAACAGCUGGUUUCAGAUUAAGUCUCUUGGUGGCUCGACGUAUAAGCUAGUCUUCUGUCCCUAUGGAGAGAAGUUUACUUGCCAAAACAUUGGCAUCGUCGAGCAAAAUGGAUACAGGCGUUUGGUUCUCACAAAGGAAGCGAAAGCCUUUGUGUUCAUAAAGGAUGACAGAAUCGGAAAGGCUGAAGCCUGAUCAUCACGCUUCAGCUUUCUAAUAAAACUAAACAGUGUGAAAUAUGUAAUGCAAGGCCUAAGUUCCCUGCAUGUUGUCUUUCCCUUGAUGUAAAAAUAAAUAACGUAAUGCAUUAUGCAUGCCUAA